AUGGAGCGUCAAGUGUCUUUUUUGAGGAGAGCUCGCGGGGUCUGUCGGAUCCAGGGUGAUGAUGUUGGGGAAUGCAGCAGAGGGAUCUUCCCCUACUGCAGGUCGAGGACUGUAGGGAGGGGCGGCGGCGGCGGCGGCUGUGGUCGCACAGCACGCACAUGGGAUGGUGGUUUGGUGUACGCGGAGGCGCCGGGCUUGGAAAUUUCGAACCGGACCCUGUCUAAAGUGCCGUAUUGGGCGGUGGAGGCACUAAGCUUGCGGCACAGCGGUGCUCAAGUGGGCAACUGGGUUAAUUCUUCACCGGAGUGUUUGCAGGUUCUCCGUCCCUGGUCAGUCCAACUUGAAGGCACAUGCAUGUGA